AUGCCAGAACAGGCCAUUCGCUCCUCCAAACUCAAAUUCAAAGGAGAGAAGAUAAAGAAGAAGCGAAAGAGAGACGUUGAAGAUGACGACAAUGAUAAUUUAGGCGCAGGAAGCAGCAAACGACGAAUUAAAACUGACGACAAGGACCCAGAGACAUGGGUUCUUCCCAACGACAUCAACGAAAUCCGUGGACCGACUUUUAUAACGCACCCCUCUGAUCCAUCACCCAUCUCUGUUAACUUCAACUCGACAACCAGCCGCAUUGUUAUACAAUCUCUUGACAAAGAAAAAGUCGAGGAUGGAGACGAUGUUUUGAAGCUAGUGGACCGUAUUCCGACAGACGUUGCACAGGUGUGGGUGACGACUCGAGUUUCUGGUUCACCGACCAUUAAUUUACGAACGGGUGUUGGAGAAGGAAAAUUUCUCUCCUCUGACGCUCAUGGACUGGUUUCUGCUGACCGCGACGCUCGUGGACCACAAGAAGAAUGGACGCCCGUCGUUUUACCAGACGGCAUGGUGGCUUUCAUGAACGUCUAUGAAAAGUACCUAAGUGUGGAUGAAGUUGCCGGAGGCUCACUACAACUUCGAGCGGAUAGCGAAGAUGUCGGCUUCGCCGAGCGCUUUUGGGUUAAGAUACAGUACAAGUAUCAGAAGGAGGCUAACGAGGAGGAGAAGAAGAGAAAAGAUGGACAAACAGGCUUACCAAAGAUCAACGAGACAAGCUCGAAUCAGUUAUUCCAGACAUGGGGUGCGGGUCGGAUAGUUGUUUCUCAUGAUGACAAGAAGGAGCUCAAACGAGCCCGCAAGGAAGGCCGACUAGCGGAGGCGAUGCUUGAUCGAAGAUCAAAGUUAAAGAGUGACCGUUUUUGCUGA